AUUCUGGAACGCAAUGCACCGUGCCGAGUUGCCCGCCCCCAUGUACAGUACACGCGCGCGCUCUCCGAGUCUAGACUCACAUUUAUUAACUUUCUCCUGCGUGCGGCUCAAGUCGACCGCCGGCUGCAUUUCUUUCUCGUGAAGGCAGGCGUGAGAGCUACCUAGCCUGCUCUGCUCGACCCUCGACCGUACCCUGGGAUAUUUCCAGUCCAGCGAGCCGCGAGGAGGCACGGCAACGGCACGGCACUAUAAAAGCCCACCACCGCCUGCUCCGUUUCCCCUGGCCAGUCAGCCAGCCAGCCACGGCGCUGAUCGCAGAGCAGAGACCACCCCAACACAUACAGACGAUGGCGGCGAACGGCGGCGUCCGGGAGGCGGCGAGGUACGGCGCCGGCAGCGGGAAGAGGCGGGACCUGCAGCAGCAUCAGGCGGCCGGCGGCGGGUGCGGGCACUACUUCCAGAUGCCGCUGCACUACCCGAGGUACAGUCGGGAGGACUACGAGGCCAUGCCCGAGUGGCAGCUCGACCGCCUCCUCUCCGAGUACGGCCUGCCCGUCGCCGGCACCGUCCACCACAAGCGCACCUUCGCUAUGGGAGCCUUCCUCUGGGCCGCCGCCGCCGGCAACAACCACUCAUGAGCAACAACCACACACACACACACCGCCGGCAACAACGACCUCUCCUCUUAUAGCUAGCUGACCACCAGUUUGCCUUCUACCUAGAGAUCGAUCGAGACCACUAGUUUCCUUAAGCUCCUGCUAGUUUUGCACUACUAGCUCAUCACUGCCUACUACGGAGUAUUAUCUACUAGUACUAGUCUAGUACUUGUAUCUACUAGUAUAUAGUUUUGAAUUCCAGGUCUUGUUUGCUGUGUGACAUGAUCAUCGACAUAUGUGCAUGUAUCAUCUUUGGUGAGGAUACGAGCUUGUAUAUUAAUGCUAUAUACGCAGUACGUGUACGCUCUUUGCCUUGUGUGUAA